AUGAAACGAACUCGAGUGGUCAAGGAACGCACCAAGAUGGGGUGUGCGACCUGCCGCAAACGGCGGGUCAAGUGCGACGAAACUCGGCCCGUUUGCUCCAACUGCAAGCGAGGCGAGCGCCAAUGCGACUACUCGACCCGAUUCGACUUUAAGCAGACGGCACUGGCCGAAUUUGGCGAGUUCGAAAACCAGCAGAGCCAGAUAUCCAAGGGCUACAAGGUCGGGUUGCAACGAGAUGUAACGCAGAACGUGUUCAACGCCCGUCUGGUGGAGACGGAAGACACCGAAGGGACCAUGGUGCCAGGAGAACAGGUCUUCAAGGUGGUCAGCGCGGAUCACCAGCAACAACUACCACAACAGGAACAAGGUCAACGACAGGAGCUUCAAUAUGAACAGCAAGGCCAGCAACACAUACAAUCUACAUCACCACAAAUACAAAUCAAACCGGAGCCAGAGGAACAUGCAUUCAAGGUCCCUUCUUAUACGGACAAGUCGGAGCUCCGGUUUCCGCCAGCAGCUCUGGCGUCAACAGGCCAGCUCCCCAGAGACGGCUCAGCACCUAACCCGGAUUCCGCAUUGCUGCCCCCUCAGCAGCUGCCGGAGGCGCUGGAGAAGGCUGCAGCUGCCUGUGUGCCCCCACUGACGCAGUCGCAUCUCACUCUCCUGCAUCGAUUCGUGGCCCACCUCGGACAUGAAAUCCCCAUGCAUAUGCGCCUUAGCGGUGAACCCAACAGUCUGCUCGACGGAGUUACUCCCGCAUCAUACUGGACUCACGAUGUGCCCCAGAUGGCCUUCUCUCAGGGCUAUCUUAUGAGUGCCAUCUUGGCGUACUCGUCAGUGUGUCAGUUUCCAUUGUCAGAGGCUGCAAAGAGAAGCGGAAUGUUCUACUACCAGCAAGCCAUUGAAGGGCUGGCGCAGGAAAUCAAGGCUAGACCAGAUAGCAUCAAUGUAGCCGCUUGUGUGUCGUGUUGCGUGCUCCUGACAUGCUACGAAACGUACUGGGGCGAUCUAUCCAACUGGUACAAGCACAUGACGGGUUUGGGAGACUUUGCAAAGCUCAUGGGAGCCAUUCCGGGAAGCUGGCAGCAACUCGAUCUGCAAUAUACGGUGAUUCGGUUCGAGUUUUACCAGAGCAUGCUGGGAGGAGUCGAGGGCAGAUUGGGCCCUGAAUACUGGCUAGGUAUCCCGUCGAGGGAGGGUAACCCUGCACUGACAGCCGGCGACGACAUUUCGCGGUUGCUAAUGCAAAUCACGGGGUUUGUGGCUAAACAAAACGACUUGCGUUCAUCCAUGGUCAUCUUCGAGGGCGCGGAGGAGGUAUGGAAGUCCCUAAAGAGCGACUUGGAGCAUUUGGAGGUCAAAUGGGAGCAUGUUCUGCGUCCUGUGCGUCAAUCUCAGGGGAUGUUUGGUGAGUAUAUUGAACAUUCGUGUGAGGAUGCCAUGGUGGCUGCCAUCCAUAUGCUGUUAGCCAAUGUGAUCCUGAUCAGAAACCAUCCACACGUCGGCACCAACCGUCUCUUCUACUUCAAUCUCACGGCCGACAAGACAAAGGGGUACGUUACAGAGAUGCUGUAUCGACUGCCGGUUGAUAUCAAAGACUGGCUCUUCACCAACGGAGAUAGCAUCUCUCUGGACUUAACCGAUAUCACGUCUGUGGGUUCCAACAUGGCUCGGUUGCAGAAUGUGACUCGAAAGGUGAAUCGUAUGUCCUCUUCCGCCUUCGAGCGGCGUCACUCCACCGAAAUGAGUCCCUCCAGCAGCGGCUCUUCCCCCUCGUCAAUUUCGUCCCCAACAUGUUCGUCUCCCGCGUCGUCAACUGCUGGUUCUACUGGAGUGUACAAGCGUGGACGGCGUAUCAAGCUCCUGACCGUAGCUGUUGCUACCUUCUAUGCUGCUGUUCAGAUCCAGGAUGCACACACACGGGACCUGGUGACUCGAUGGUUCACAGAGGUGGCCAACGCGACCACUUGCUAUUCCAUCAUCUGGUUUAUCACAGGUUUGUCCGAGGCGUGGGAACGGACUGUAGAGACGGAGUAUCAGAAGUCGCUGGCCAACUACCUGCAGCAAAUCAAUUAUGACGGUGCAGGGAACCUGUCACGUCUGGAUGAAGUGCAUGCCAAGAUUCGGCUAGCUCAGGGCGUGUUGGGCGAUAUGGCCAGUAUUCUCAGCGAAGACCAUAAGAAACUGCUGGCCAAGAGUGAAGAUUGA